AUGCCAACAUCUGACUUUGUCGCUUCAUAUACAGCCCUUAUUCUCAAGCAAGGGAAAGACCCGACUAGAAAAGAAUCAUAUAGACCCAUCGCGCUCCUAAAAAUGGACUAUAAACUUUUAACUGCUAUUUUGGCACAGAGGCUUCAAUCCCUUCUUCCCACUUUUAUCCACAAUGAUCAGCUGGGUUUUUGCUCAAACGCAACUCCUCAGCUAAAAUCAGGGAAAGUGUUCAGUGGGACAGAGAAGGGUCAGUGGGAUGCAGGUAGUAAGGAGAGUGUGGUGGGGAGCGGUGCACUGGAUCAGAGGGAUGGAAAAAGAGAGAGAGAGAACAUUGAGAAACAGCGCCAUAAAAAAAAGGGACAGAAAACACAGGAAAGGUGGAAGGAGCUGAGGUUGUUUGACAAAUCAGAUAAUUCAUUAUCAGUUAUGUACAAGGGUUCUGACUAUUCAAAACCGCCCUUUACUCUGGACCAGGAGGAACUUAUUUAUGAGCCUGAUGAGAUAGUGAAGGAGGAGAUUCCAACUAACGAGACUGUGCAACCUUGCAAUAAUACGGAAAAUCAGGCUUAUCGGGUGUUAGACGAGAGGGUUGAAAGGCCUGAAGCCAGCGAUAGUCAUCAUGAUACCGAGGUUGAUAACGGUGUGGUAGAAUUAGAUUUAUAUUUAGAUUCUUCUGAGGAGGAUUUUAUUCCUCCUUCUCCCAAUGUAGUUAACACUAUUAGCCAGUUUAAUACGUCAGUCAGGGUCACGGGUGAUCCAGUUUUAAAGGGCGAGUUAAGAAAUUUGAGGGAUAGGAAUGUUGAAGUAAUUAAAAAUUUACCUGUCACUAAUGAUGUUUUUCUUUUAGAUGGGAAUGAAACUGGGUCACGGCCUGAGAAUUCCCAGGGUCUUUUAAUGGUGGGAAAUGACGGCCUAAGUGGGGAGGCUUAUGGCCUUCAGGAAUCUUGGACGGAAAAUAUCAGGCUGGAUAUUGAGGACGGCGUUCCAGGGGUGGAACGUUUUAAUGCAAAGGGAGAAGAAACAAGGACGGAAAAAGGGCAGCAAUUAAUGACUAACACGGAUCCCAGGGCUACUGGUUUCCAGAAUACAGAGAAGGUUACGGCUGCAUCUCAAAGGAUUCAGUCUGCAGUGCCUCAGGACCCGAGUACAGGUGUAAAGAUCGUAUGGGUGAUGGGGCAUUCGUUUAUAUACUGGGCCAAUGCUGAGGCCAGUAAGAAAAUGGGCGGCCUUCAGCUUGGGUGUCCUGUGGAUCAAUGGGAGGUCAAAUGGUUUGGGAUUAGGGGGAUGUGCUGGGAACUCUUUUUUCCGUUGUUUCUAGAUUUUGGCAGAAUGUUUCCUCGUCCUCAGGUUUUGAUAGUGCAUUUGGGGGGAAAUGAUUUAGGUAUGAUUCCUCAAAAGGAACUAGUUAGAAGAAUCAAAAGAGAUCUGGGCAACAUAAAGGAACUUCAUCCUGAAAUCAAAAUAAUUUGGUCACAGAUUACUCCUAGGUUGGUUUGGAGAUCAGCGAGGGAUUAUGAUAGGCUAGAAAAGAGUCGUAAAAAAAUUAACAAAAUAAUUAGCUCUUUUGUUAAGAGGUUGGGGGGAGGCGUAGUUUUCCACCCAGAUUUUGAAGUAGAUGGAGCUGAGGAAUUUUAUUUAAAAGAUGGUGUUCAUUUUAACCAAUUUGGGCUGCAGCUAUUUAUUUUCGAUAUAAAAGAAGCUUUGGGAAAAAUAUUGGGUUUGGCGGGACUGGGCUGUUCGGUCAGUCCAGUCGGUGGCGGGGGUGCUAGUUCCCAGACAAAUAUGGUACGCAAUAUGGCCAAGUGAU